AUGCGCGUCGUCGUGUUCGGCGCCUCCGGCGUGCAAGGCUCGGCCCAGGUGUCCGCACUCAUCCGGGCGGGCCACCAUCCCGUCGCCGUGAGCCGUUACCCUAAACCGCUCACCACAGAUGGCCAGUCCAUUGAGACUGCCUCGGCCGAAUUCUCUGACGUACCUGCCCUCGAGAAGGCCCUCUGCGGCGCCGAGGUCAUCUUCCUGAAUCUUCCAUCCACGUCCUUCCAAAAGGCGGAGCCGGUCAUCGCGGCCGCAAAAGCCAUUGGCGAGGCUGCCAUGCGUACGCCGAGCGUCCGCUUCUGCGUCUUCAACACCAGCAUGCCGGUGCCGGAGGAGACCAAGCACAUCGAGGCCCAGGAUCACCGGCGGGAGAUGCGGCGCCUGCUGCGGGACACCGGCCUGCAGGUGAUCAGCAUCCAGCCCGUCUGCUACCUGGACAAUUUCUUCGAGGGGUGGGCCCUGCCCCCGAUUGUGGAGCAGAACGUUCUGCGGUACUGCCACAAGCCCAGCCUGGAAGCAUCGUGGAUCUGCCAUGAUGACCUCGCGCAGUUGAUGGUGGCCGCGCUGAACCGGCCAGACCUCGCGGGGAGGAACAUACCCGUCGGGGGGCCAGAGACUGUCCGCCUCGAACAGGUGACGGAGAAGCUGGCGCGCGCGUGGGACCGGCCGCUCAAGUGUGACAACGAGACGGUGGACGACUUCUGUGACCGGAUGGGCGAGGCCAUGAGGAAGAGGGCGAGUCUUGAUGUAGACCGGGUUAUCGAUCAGAUGCGGCGGGCUUACACGUGGUACAACGACUCGCCUGAAGAUCCAUUUAAGAUAGACAUGGCGCCUGUGCUGAAGGAGUUGCCCGUACAGCUCACAACCAUUGAGGAGUGGGGGCGGAGUGUCAAGCAUAAACUUCCAGUGGCAGUAUAG